AUGGCUGGCAUCGCUACUAGAUAUGUAACAGAAAACGAGCUCAAUACCGAGAUGAGUAUCGAAGAGCUUAGUAACCAUGCUCCGGCAUUGGAUAUCCUUUUGACGGAUAAAGUUAAGAGGGAUCAGGCACGACGACGUCUCCAAAAGGGAUAUAACUUUAGCAAAGAACAGGUAUUUGCAUUAAUUCCUAAGCUAACAGCUGGUCGGAAAAAAGGAGGAGCCUUACCCAAUGUUCCUGAUACUCCCGAUAUCACCCAAGAAGCAGAACCGGACACAGUGAAUACAUGUCAAAUUUUACCGAAAGAGACUAUUAGAGAUUUGGCCCAGCGUAUCAUUCGGGAUAAUCUUGGUGAAGCAGAAGUAAAAUUUAUAGCAAAAGCCUUAGCUGAAUCUGCCUCCAAUGCUAGCGCUGGUUUAUCACGAAUCUCUAGGCUUCGAAGAGAAUUGCGAAACCUCAAAGCCUCAGAAAAAAUUAUCUCGGCUACAUUGAUUCCAGACAUAACCCGCUCAGCUAAUAAAAUCCAAAAGGAGCGUAGUAAACAAUGUGAAGAUGAAGGGAUCGAUUAUCUGGACCACUUCUCGUUAGAAUCUGUUAAGGAGAGAUUGGAUAUGUAUGAUGUAUCCAAAGCCCCUGGCUUACAAGCCCUUGCUGAUGUAACGAUAAUGCUCUUCAUCCGUCCUGCUGAAAUAAAAACCUUGCGUAUAUCCCGCUCUUCUGGAGCCUCUAAUGGAGGUGUAACUGGAUAUGCAAAAAACCGGGGACAACAAGACAUUCCUCGAGUAUUUAGAUCACUAGAAAAGAACGAGGAGCGGGCUAGUCAAUUGCUUACGUGGAUUCAGGAAGCAAUUUCUUCUGGUCAGUUACGAGAUCCUGGAAAGCCCGGAGUGUUAUGGUUUAAUAUAUUUCUGAAAAAAGAUGAGUUCCUUACUGAGACCGGCAAACCACUACUUCCUAGUUCUUUGCGUAAAUUAGGGGCGGUAUUUGCAGUUGUGGCACACGGAGCGAAGAAUUUAUCAGAGGCUAUGACUAUUGCCAGUCAAGCACUUCGCCACAGUCCCGACAACCAUGCCUCUCCUGCAAAAAACUAUACCAUAGUCAAUUUCAGAAGAAGGGGACAACCUUAUGAUCAGGCAAAGGCAAUCAAGAUCUUUGAUGAAAACUAA